UCGGGCGCUCACCAAAACAUCGAGCGAAGGGGAAUCAGGAAAACGAAAAAAACACAGAGAACUAAGAAUGGGAAGAUGGCACCGAAAGCCAGAUCGAGAGAGGCGAUUAUAGCCAGCUUAGCGAAGUACUUUAAGCAUGAUUCCUUCAAGAGUGACUUACAGAGACGAGCAGUGGAGGCCGUUGUGCAGGGAGACCAUGACGUGUUUGUGUCGAUGCCAACGGGGUCUGGCAAGUCCCUUUGCUACCAGUUGCCGGCCGUUAUGGCUGAGGGACAAGUGGCCAUUGUGAUUUCCCCUCUUAUUGCUUUGAUUAAGGAUCAAAUGGAGCACAUGCAGAAGCUGAAGAUUGUUGCAGAAUCCAUCAACUCUAAAAUGACAAGCAAAGAGCGCAAGAGAGUGCUUGCUGAUCUCUCUUGCAUGUCCCCAAGCACUCGCCUUUUGUACAUUACGCCAGAACAGGCUGCAACAGAUUUUUUUAAGGGUCUCUUAGAUAGGCUGUACAAGUACAAAAAACUCUCCUAUUUUGUGGUGGACGAGGCCCAUUGCGUGAGUCAGUGGGGCCAUGAUUUCAGACCAGACUUCCUUCGCUUGGGACAUCUCAGGACCAAGAUUCCCAAUAUUCCUUGGGUGGCACUGACUGCUACAGCCACAUCUAAAGUUGUAGAGGACAUCUUCAUCCAGCUGAAGCUCAAGAAACCAGUAUCCAAGUUCAAAUCAUCUUGCUUUCGCUCCAAUUUGUUUUACGAUGUGCGGUUCAAAGAUGCCCUAGAUGACCCUUUUGAGGAUCUCAAGGAUUUUGUCAUCGACUCCUUGGGGGUUGGUUGGGAGCUAAAUAGGACGAUACGAUCAGGCUGCGGCAUUAUCUAUUGCCGCACAAGAGCAGGUACCAUUGAACUUGCAGACCAGCUUACCAAGAAAGGGGUUCCUACCAAGGCCUAUCAUGCAGGCCUGAAAGACAGAGAAAGGUCACAAGUGCAGGAAGACUGGAUGGAUGGAAUUGUGCCUGUCAUCACAGCGACUGUCUCCUUUGGCAUGGGGGUAGACAAGGCAUCUGUGAGGUUUGUUGUCCACUGGAGUGUGCCGCAGUCCAUGGCAGGCUACUACCAGGAGUCUGGGCGAGCUGGUCGUGAUGGACUACCCUCUCGGUGCAGAAUAUAUUAUAGCAAGUCAGAGAGAGACACUAUCUAUUUCUUGUUGAGACAGGAUGAAGGGAAAGCCAAGGCAUCAGGCAAGGCGAACAAGGAAGACCAGGCCAAAAUUGCCAUAAAGAAUUAUGAGUACAUGGUCAAGUUCUGUGAGGUUCCAAUCUGCCGACACCAUUCCUUUGCCAAGUUUUUCGGUGACGAUAAACCCGACUGCAAGAAGAGGUGUGAUUACUGCACCAACCCGCGUGCCGUCGACAAGCUGGUAGAGCAGUGGAGCGCCUCCCUCGUUCGCAAGUCAAGUUACCGGUUUGGGGCAGUGGCGGUAUUCGAGGAUUGCUACGAUGAGGACUUGUAUGGCGGGGGGAGAAGGGGGCAGAAAAGAGAACAAGAUGAAUACAAUGGGGACGGUGACGGUGAGGAUCGAGUACGGGAGAGACAGGAAAUUGAGAAGAAGGAGAGAACCACCCUCAUAAGGCAGCAGUUCGCCCUCCGUCGCAAGGGUGGCCAGCGGGGUGGCUCCUCGGGAUCCUCCUCAUCCUAUACAAGUCGACUGAAGGAGCAGAAAGAGAAGGAGAAGAUGGAGAAGGAGGAGAAGGAGAGGGCCAACAGAUCCAAACUGACUAAUGCCGAAUACACGUCCAAGAUUUCAGGGCUGAAUGUGGGAACCCGUGAGAGCUACCUCCAGCUGGUGGUGCAGGCCCUGGUCAAGAACUACGAAGCUUGCAAGCACCUGUCGCCAGUGGAGAAGAACCUCAAAGAGUCAGACAUAGAGGAUGUUGCUGUCAAGCUAGAAUACAGCGUUUUCACCUCCACAAACGUCAUCAUGAUGUACCGGAAGAGAAUGAUGUCACUGAUGAUGGGUAUCAGGAAGGACACAACAGCCCUUAACUUUCGAAAUGAGCUGGCGGAUCAUGAGCCUAAGCUGAGUCUCAACCAGUGGGCCAAGCAAGUGGAAAAAGAGUUAAAGAACAAGAAUAAAGUUGGCUCUGGCUUCAAGAGCGCCUCCCAACUCAUGGACGACAAUGCCAAGGACAGCAGUAAGUUGGCCAACAAGGAACCUCCAAAUCUUAGCACCAGAAGAGGAUUUUCCCUGAAGAGGUCACCUAAUCACCAGACAUCUAUAAAUUCAUUCUUUGGGAAGGCACCCAAGGAAGAGGGGGAUCCAAAGAAAAAGGACCACCAGCUGUCAGAAAGUGAGUCAGAGGGAGACGAUGAUAACGGGGAGGGAAAUCCUGAGCAAGACAAGGAGGUAGAAGAGGACAAGGAAGGAGAGCAAGGGGAGGAUGCAAAGAGAAGUCCCCAGAACCCCAAGGAGAGAGAUUUAGACAGCGAUUGUGACAGCAGAUAUGAUCCUGAUGAGAACCAGGAGUUUGGGUUGGAGGAAGUGUCCCUCUCAGACCUUGAGUAUGAUGAUGAUGAUGAUGACAGUGGUGUUCGAAAAAUUGCUGAUGACAGGGACAAAGAAAGUGAGAAAAAGGAAAAGAAGGAUGAUAUGAGUUAUGAUUUUCCUGAAUCUGAAGGUUUUACAUGUGAUAAGGGAGAUAAGUUAGUAUUAGUGGGGAGGAGGAAAUUGGUCAUGAAGAUUCCAAUCAAGACAUUGACAUGCAGGAUAUGGACAGCUGUGAUGAGAGGAAAUGUGCAGAUGGCAUGUUUAAAAGAGAUGAAGAUAAGGAUUUGUUAGGAAGCUCAGUUUCAGGAGAAAAGGAAAAUGUGAAUUCUACAGAACAUGGCACAACCUUUUGGAAUUCCCCCUUGAAGAAUGAAGGGUCAUACAUGGAAUACUCUCACAACAAAAAUUCUGACUUGCACAACAAGCUUAGUCA